UGAAGCCUGCGUCUGCACAGUCUCACAGAGAAACCUGGCUGAUCUAAGUAAACUACAGUAGAUUUAAUUAUUCCUUCUGUCGGCUAACAAAGUCAAGAGGCGUUUGAAGUUGCUGUUUGUUGUUUAUGUGACACUGAAGCUACGGGCUACAGGCUGGAUUUGUUCAAAGUGUGAAAAAAGAAUUUGAAUUGACAAAAUGUUUUCAAAUACUAUCAGUAAGUCAGAAAGAAGACCAUACUCAGGAGUUCCUGGAGUCGUGGAGUGUCAAGAGUGCACUGGCUCAAAGCAAAUGGCCGUCAACAGCUGCCUGACCUGCCUGAUCUCAUUCUGUGAAACUCACAUCCAAUCACACAAGGAGAAUGAGGCUUUUAAGGGACACAGGCUUGUUACUCCAGAUGUCAACCUGCCACAGAAGAUCUGUUCAAAGCACCACAUGCUCAAGGAAGUUUUUUGCACAACUGAUCAAGAAAGCAUUUGCUUCAAGUGUGUAUUAUUUGAACAUAAAUCUCACAGAACAUUGACACCUGAGGCUGGGAGAUCAGAAAAACAGGAGCAGGUAGCAGAGACAAUGCAAGAAAUCCAGAAAAGAAUGCAAAUGAAUGAAGAAAAAGUCAAGGCGAUCAAAACAGCUCUUCCAGAGUUUAAAACUUUUGUGGAAGAGAAGAAGAAGGAGUAUGAGGAGACUUUCGACUUUCUGCUUCAGUCUAUUACCAGGCAGAAAUCAGAGAUAAUGAAAAGUAUUACAGAAUAUGAACAGAGAGAAGAAGAGAAGGCCAAAGACCUCAUAACGACACUAGAGAAUGAAACUGAUGAGCUGAGGAUGAGAGACAUUCAGUUGGAAGAGAUUACAAAAAUGGAUGACGACAUUCACUUCCUCCAGACGUUUCCAGCUUUUCAUGCUUCUUUGGGAGAAAGAAACACUGAGGACAUCACUAUUAAUGGAAAUCUGUUCCGAGACAAGCUCAGCAAAAACCUGAAUUAUCUCAAGAAGCUUCUGGACAAGCUAAGCAACUUUAAAUUUGAGGAAAAAACAGACCCUGGGUUAAGUCGUAUCUUAAAGAACCUUCGUCAACCAACUGAAACAAAAGAACUAAAGACUGAAGUAAAAAAUGAUGAGAAAUACGUAAUUAAGCAUGAAAAAGAACAGCUGCGUUCAUGUUCAACAGACUGUGUGGAGCCCAAGAAUGAAGCAAAGAUCACUUCCCAAGAAGAAAACACUGAGCAAAGAAAUGAGACACCUGGUCCUGAAAAAGAAGGAGAAACGAAGCAUGGAAAAGAUCAGCUGCAUCCACAUUCAGCAGAUUAUAAAGAGCUAAAGACUGAAGUAAGAAAUGAAGAGAAAGAUGUAAUUAAGCAUAAAAAAGAACAGCUGCGUUCAUGUUCAACAGAUUGUGUGGAGCCCAACAAUGACGCAAAGUUCACUUCCCAAGACGAAAACACUGGGCAAAGAAAUGUCUCAACUGGUCCUAAAAAAGAAGGAGAAAAGAAGCAUAAAAAAGAUCAGCCGUGUUCACUUUCAAUAGUUAAUGAAGUUCAAGUCAUUGGUGGAGAGAAUACUUUUGGUGCCAGACAAGAAUUCUUAAGAAGACUUAAUAAGAUGAAGAGUGACCAUCAUCAGCCUUUUUUCAAUACAAAAAGUAAGCUGGUGCUGCUCUUCUGUAGUGUCGUAUCUCGAUUAGGAAAGGAUAUCAGCCAUGCACUUCGACAAGUUUCAGCUGGUCCAAAAAUUAUUCUGAUUAUCAUGCAUCAUACUCCUGAUCCUGAUCACAUAUUGGCAGACAGCAGUAAAUUUGUGGAAGAGAAAGAUGUAUUAUUGACAGUGGACUGCCUUUUCCAUGAGAAUAAUGGCUUACAUAAUUCCUCUUUAAAUCAAGCAGCACUAAAAAGGUUUUCAAUGUUAUAA